GAAUGGGAGGGAAAGUACUAACAAUGAAGAAUUGUGUAGUGACCACGCAUAAAUAGAUACAGAUAUACACAAAGAGUCGUAUAUAUAUAGUUACCUUCUCAUUUCAUCCAAAGCGCUAUCUUCCAAUCCAAAGCAGACCCUCUUCAUCUCAAGCAAUCAUUCUCAUUAAGUUCUAUCGUCCUUAAGAAUUUUAUCCUAGAAAGAAGGGGUUGAAAUGGCCAAAAGCAGCUUCAAGCAAGAGCAUGAAUUUGAGAAGAGGCGUGCUGAAGCUGGAAGGAUUAGGGAGAAAUAUUCAGACAGAAUCCCAGUGAUUGUGGAGAAGGCUGAAAAAAGUGAUAUUCCUAACAUUGACAAGAAAAAAUACCUUGUUCCAGCUGACCUGACUGUGGGGCAAUUUGUUUAUGUGAUUCGGAAAAGAAUCAAAUUGAGUGCUGAAAAAGCAAUAUUCAUCUUUGUGGAUAAUGUGCUCCCACCCACAGGAGCAAUAAUGUCCAGCAUAUAUGAUGAAAAGAAGGAUGCAGAUGGCUUUCUCUAUGUCACAUAUAGCGGGGAAAACACAUUUGGCUACUAGAUCCUCUGUUGUUACUCGUGUCAGUUCAUUCUAUCCCAUCUCAUCAUCUUAUGUUUCGAUGUCACCAUCGAUUCUAUCAUUAUUAUGCUGAAUAAUCUGUUACAGAAUUGGCAAUAAUCCAAGUUACAAGACUGGCAGUAACAAUUUGUAAAUUUCUAGUUUGUAUAUAAAUUGACUGAAUUAUGUUGGUUUAAUUAAUAAUUUAACUUCUCUUUUCCCAUGAUAA